UUGUCUUUAUUUCUCUGUGUUUGACUGUUUGUUAGUUUAUUUGCAAGAUGACCAUGACAUGGAUAUCAGCUGGCCUUCUGUUAUGGAAAGAGUCAAGUUAGUUUAGGCUAGUUAUCUAUGUUAUGGAAAGUGUUAUGGAAAGAGUCAAGUUAGUUUAAGUACCGGUUAGUAUUAGGUAAGGUUAGAGAAUCCUAGGUGAUUGUCUAUUUCCUAGUUUCCUAAGUUAGCUAGAUGGCACCUUUAUAUAAAGGUAGUCUAGUCCUUGUUAGAGGGGAAGCAAGCAAGAAGAAUUCAGCAAAGGGCUUUUGCCCAGAUGGCUAAAUCAGAGCCUCUUCUCGACGGGAGAAACCCGGCGAUUAGAGGGUGAUCUGCUCUUCGCAUCGAUCAGAGCCUCUAGUCUACAGGAGAAGCCCGGGAUUAGAGGGCGAUCUGCCCUAUCUUUACCCUUUGUAUCCACAGUUCCCUUCGUUCCACAAUACCUUCAGGACUGGAAAUUAGUGUAGAUUUCAGCUGCGCUAGGAUUGUUUAAUCUGGAAUGAAUUCAAUGUCAGAAUGAGUGGAUGGGACAUUGUAAACAUAAUUUCUGUAAUGAUAUUGUAGAACACAAUACUUUGUCAUAAGUUUUCAUCAGCCUAGGUACUUUCUCUUGUAAUGUUAGUAGAGAGCUUGUCUAGUAUCCACCAGUGACCAAAAUAUGUGCUGAAACUAACUUUGCUCUUGUUACCACCAGGAACCAACUCUAACUGGUUCCUGUAGAGCCUGCUGUAUAACUGACUUUUCUGGUUUUUUUUUCAGGAUGCUUGAAGACGAGCAAAAUGGUUUCUCUGGAUGCUCUGCUGGUGAUACAUUUCAUUUUAUGUUGUUGAUCUGAAAGAUGGAAAUGAGAAGGAAAAGGAGACACAAGAACUUUGUUCCAAGCAUAUGCUUGAUAUACAGAUGUCUUUUGUCUGAAAGGUGAAGGAAAAAGAGACACAAAACAAAAUACUUUGUUCCAAGCAUAUGCUUAUCUUUGAGUUAUGUUUCUCCCUCACUUACCAUCUAGCUAAGAUAUCUCUUUAAUCUAACCUUUUAUUUUGUAGCAAUGCAUAAAAGGUGUUUGGCCCAAUCAUGAACAUCCCUAUCACUGAAAUCUUGCCUUUGUUUUCAGGACAUCCAUCUCAAAAUCUCGACCUGUCGGUUGUCUUGGACUCUGGGCCAAGGAAAGAGGCAGCUUGGCAUCGAUGCUGUCCAACCCGUAUUCCAGCUCACUCCUACCGUCCUUGUGAUGCCACAGUAGUUAAGCAGCAAGAGAGGUUCUUCUUUGGUGGGAGGCUGAUAUUCGGACCUGACGCCAAGUCCCUGAUCCUGUCUGUUUCGCUCAUCGUGGUCCCGGUUUUGGUCUUCUGCGCGUUUGUCGCGCGGCAUCUUCGCCACCAUUUCCCGUCUUACAAUGCGGGAUAUACAAUUCCUGCUGUAGCAGUAGUGUUUAUGAUCUAUGUGCUUGUGUUGCUUUUGAUCACCUCGGCUCAGGAUCCUGGGAUCGUGCCUCGAGCAGCGCAUCCACCGGAGGAAGAGUUCGCGUAUGGGAAUUCAUUGUCUGGGGGCACGCCUGGGAGGCUGCAAUUCCCUCGUGUAAAGGAAGUUCUGGUUAAUGGGAUGCUUGUGAAAGUAAAGUAUUGCGAUACCUGCAUGAUUUACCGGCCUCCUCGGUGUUCUCACUGUUCGAUAUGCAACAAUUGCGUGGAGCGCUUUGAUCAUCAUUGUCCCUGGGUUGGACAAUGCAUUGGGCAGCGCAAUUACCGGUACUUUUUCCUGUUUGUUUCUUCCUCGACUCUUCUCUGCAUUUAUGUAUUUGCAAUGUCAGCAUUGUACAUCAAGUUUCUCAUGGACGAGGGUUAUCCGACAGUAUGGAAGGCUUUGAAACACUCUCCAGCUUCUUUGGGGCUUCUGAUAUUUUGUUUCAUUGCUCUCUGGUUUGUUGGUGGACUCACUGGAUUUCAUUUGUACCUCAUUAGCACCAACCAGACCACGUACGAGAAUUUUCGAUACAGAUCAGACAGCAGGCCUAAUAUCUAUAGUCAAGGAUGCCUGAGCAACUUCCUAGAAGUCUUCUGUAGUAAGACAAAACCUUCUAAACACAAGUUCCGGGCCUAUGCACAAGAGGAAGUGCGACCUCCAAUAGUUAACUUUGGUAGGGAGGUAGAAGAGGAACCAGCUGGCGGUCCUCGGUCAAAAGUUGAAGAUGAUCUUGAAAUUGGUAGUGAUCUCUUGAAGAUCUCUCAGCGGCGCAAUUAUGAGGAUGUUGAUGUUGAAAUGGUAGGUCGUUGCAGCAACGAGAUGGAAGGCAUAGCCAAUGCCAAACUUGUGAUAGGUUCAGAAUCACAGAUUCCUGCCGUUGGAAGUGAUGUGCGGGUACGACACUCGAGCUGGGAUCGGAGAAGUGGGAACUGGGACAUGCCAUCAUAUGUACUUACAAGAAGUGCAUCAGAUGUUAUCGAAAGAAGUGUGUUGGUCGCUGAGGCUGCACCUCCAUCUCAAACAUAAACUCGCUAGUCAAUUAUUUGUGCAUUCAGAACAUGUGCCAGCGAUUUGGAUUACAAAGCCGCUUAACUCAUCAACAUCCAGAGAGCAAGGAAGACACUGCCCGUCAUGCAUUUUGACUUUGACUGUCUUGAUUGGUUUUUUAGAUCCUUGUCAUGUAUGAACAAUGAUUUUAGUCAAAGAAUUGGCCCCGUUGGUGUGUAUAUUCGUGUUUUUGUGCCAUGGCAUCUGACGUUGUGUGCAUGGUCCUUUCUGUAAAUUACCAAUGCAGGAUUCUCAUCCAACUGUAAUCCUUCUUCAGCUAUUCUUUGAGAAUGUUUAAUCUGCAUCUCAACUGACCUUCAUCGUCGUCUUGUACCUCACGUUCGUCUAAGGAAUAAAGGUGCCAAAUUGGUCAAAAAUGCAAUUGAAUUUA